AUGUCGCAGCUAACUGAGAAAAAAUGGUAUAAAUUGGCAAGUGUGUGUCUGCAUCGUGGAGACAAAGCUGAUUUCGGGCAUUAUGUAGCUGCCUAUCGCGAAGAAGGUGUGAAAGAGUGGGUGUUGUGCAACGAUUCGAAGGUUGUUCUGGCUGCAGAUGCUCCAAUUUCGGAAUGCUACCUUGCAUUCUAUGAGAAAAAGUUGUGA